AUGACUUGGCUUCCCAAUGGCGUAGAGGUCUUUGACGUUAUCGUCGUCGGUGCUGUGCUAGACGAAAAGGCUAAAAGGGCCGUUGACGAGCUUCUUCCGUAUCUUAAAACUGCCCCGGAAUAA